AGGGAUUUGGGAUCUUUGGGAUCAGGGGAUUUGGGGCCUCUGGGAUUUAGGAUCAUGCCCCCACAGGCCAGGAUGGAGCGGGACAUGAGCAACAAGCGCAUCUACGCCGAGGAGGAGCUGCCCGAGUCGGGCGCGGGGAGCGAGUUCCACCGGCGGCUGCGCGAGGAAGCGCGGAGGAAAAAAUACGGGAUCGUGCUGCGGGAAUUCCGGGCCGAGGAUCAGCCCUGGCUGCUCAGGGUCAACGGGAAAGGGGGCAGGAGGUUUCGGGGUGUGAAGAAGGGGGGUGUCACCGAGAACGCCUCCUAUUACAUCUUCACGCAAUGCCCCGACGGCGCCUUCGAGGCUUUCCCGGUCAGGAACUGGUUCAACUUCACCCCCCUGGCCCGGCACCGCACGCUGACGGCCGAGGAGGCCGAGGAGGAGUGGGAGAGGAGGAACAAGGUGCUGAACCACUUCAGCAUCAUGCAGCAGCGGCGGCUGCGGGACCAGGACGAGGAGGAGGAGGAGAAGGAGAAGGGGAGGAAGGCCCCGGGCAAGGGCGGGGGGGGGCUGCGGAUCCACGACCUGGAGGAGGAUCUGGAGCUGAGCUCGGAGGAGAGCGAGGCCAGCGAGGCCGAGGGUGAGGGGAGAGCAAAUGGAAAUUGGGAAAAAAAG